UUUAGCAAAUCCAGAACAAACAAAGCGCAGGAAAAAACACCAAAAGGCAGGGCAUUUUGAAAGAGAGAAGCAAAAAAAUACAGAGUGACCAUAAAUUUCUUCAUCAAUGGCGACUGGGAAGAGCUACCUCGCGAGACCCAGUUAUCGAUUUCUCGGCGUUGAUGGAGAUAAUACAAUUGGUUCGGAUACCAUGUUCGAAUUUGACGAAGCCGACCUCUGGAAUUCGAAUCAGGAUGCCUCACCGGAAUUCAAGAAGUUCAUACCAAAUGCACGUGUCUCAAAGAAAUUGGCAAAACGAGUGGUGAAUGCUGAUCGGAGUGAUGGAGGGACUACAACUGCAAUGUCGUUGCCGGUGAACAUACCCGACUGGUCGAAGAUCCUCAGGGAAGAUUACAGGGCCAGUCGGAGGGCAGAGAACGACGAAGACUUUGAUGACGAUGACAACGACUCCGAAGACAACAAGAUUCCUCCGCAUGAAUUCUUAGCGAGGCAAUUUGCGAGGACCCAAAUCGCUUCCUUCUCUGUACAUGAAGGGAUCGGGAGGACUCUCAAAGGUAGGGACUUGAGUAGGGUCAGAAAUGCAAUCUGGGAGAAGACUGGCUUUCAGGAUUAGCAAUCAUUGACACUCAGAAGAAUUACAAAAAAAAACUAGAAGUUUACAGGAUUUUUUACUCUGUAAUAGUUUCAUAUGUAGUUCUCUUUUCUAAUUUCUACUCCUCUUUGUAUGAUGUUUAUCAUGUUUACCUUUUCUUCCCCUUGCUUUUUGAGAUUGUCUGGUCACUAGUUCUGAUAGGAACGGAUCAUUCAAGGAUGUAUAAGGGUUUGUAUUCGAAUUUCCAGAAGAAACUUAAUUCUUUUUUCCUUUUUCCCUCUUCA